UCAAUUCAAGACUUCUCACUACCUUAUUGUUUCGGAAGAAAGGAAUUUCACGAUUCCCGUUGGAAUGCAACGCAGCCAAUAUGGCGGCCACUGAAGACGAGGCAAAUCCACUUUGCUGGUAAAAGUGGAAAGAAGUUAGCGAGAAUGAUCGAGCACCGCGACGCGAUCCUCUACGAGAUCCGCGGCAACGAGAGUUUUAUACGGAACGAAACUCUCCUGCAGAACGUGUCCUUGAUCGAGGACUACAUCUUCGACAGGACCGACGUGAAAGUGAUCUUCAUCACGCUCUACACUGUCGUCUUCGUUUGCUGCUUUUUCGGUAACCUUAUGGUGAUCUUCGUGGUAAGCUUCUCCCGACGACUACGCAGCAUCACCAACUUCUUCCUGGCGAACCUAGCAGUGGCUGACUUCUGCGUGGGCGUGUUCUGCGUCUACCAAACGCUGACCAACUACCUGACGAACAGCUGGCAACUAGGAGACCUGCUCUGCAAGGUCUACAUGUUCGUCCACGCGCUGUCUUACACGGCUAGCGUGCUGAUCCUGGUUCUAGUCUGCGUGGAACGCUACCUGGCCAUCGUCUAUCCGAUAAAAUGUAGAUCAGUGCUAACCAGAAGACGUUUGAGGCUAGUGGUGGCUUUGGUCUGGCUGAUAGCGGCAAUUUACGCCUCGCCAAGGUUCUUUUACGUGGAGACAGUUAGCAACCGGCUGAUCACUGGUGACGUGGACAUCAUUUGCAUAGCGAACAUCAAGAAACAUAAUAAGAAUGUCCUGGAAGCAUUGAACUUGGUGUUGCUGUACCUUGUGCCACUGUGUCUGAUGACUUGUUUGUACUCGAGGAUUGCGAUUGGAUUGUGGAGAAGUGGCGCCACGUUAGCUACCCCUGGCAUGGUGGCUAGGACCAAGAACGACAAGAGUCAUCACAUGCACAGUUCUAGUAGGAAUGUGUUGAGGGACAGGCGAGGCGUCAUCAGGAUGCUGAUCGCGGUAGUGAUGAUGUUCGCCGUGUGCAAUCUACCGCAACAAGCCCGAAUCAUUUGGCGUCACUGGGACUCGAGCUACGACCGGACAUCGGACUUUAGCACGCUGCUCACUCUGUCCACCUUCUUGAUCUCUUACACAAACUCCUGCCUGAAUCCUCUGCUGUACGCAUUCCUCUCACGAAAUUUCCGCAAAGGGAUCCAGGAGCUACUUUUCUGCAAAGGUUCACGAAGGCGAGCAGUUAGCCUAGCCAUGGGAUACACCAGGGACACUCAAACGCGACAGGAAAAUGGCGCGAAUCAGCCUCACAGUUCUAUAAUAAGGCUCAGUUCAGUUAGAGACAGUCCUCGUAGGCCUGGAACAAUCACAAGGCAAACAACUUGCGAGAAGAUCUCUUGAUCCGAAUUAAUGGCGGACAGUCGAUUCGACGGCCCGCCAAAGGAUUGCACCGAAACUGAGCUAAUUUAAGCUAGGGAUUUGCUGAAAAAUAAAAAUAGAUUUAUUGAAUGAAGUUUCUUGGAGACAUGCAAUGAAUCAGAUUUUGUAUGUGAAAGAAGGAAAUAAGUGUUGUAUAAAAGCGCAAAUAGAUUUGUCGAGCAAGGGUUCCCAGAGCCAUGCACAAUCGGGAAAAGAAUUUUUUACGAGAAACAAGGGAACAGUCGUAUUUGCAUGAAAGUUGUGUUGAAUUAAGUGAAGAAUACAAGAUUUACGAGGUUACAUUGUUGACCACUGCAUAGUCGCAAGUACUAAAGGAUCUACAAAGAGAGGAUGCUGUAAUUCAGUUUAUUGAGCUCAACAGAGCGCGUGAAAGGAAACUAUACGUAACAGUGGCAAAAGUGCCAGUAAUUAAUUUAAUCUCUAAACAGUCCAACAAUUAAUGAAACAAAUUAUUUGUCAGUAGAAGAUUGGAAAUUUGUACCGUAUAUACUAAAUAUUAUCCAUCAUCAUAACUUAAGUUUCAUUAACAUUUGCAAUUCGUAUACAAGAUGGCAGUCAUAUUGGAAUCUACGUAUGUAUUUCGAGAAAGAAACUAUACGUAGGAAUAAAACAGAGUGUCAGUAAUUAAUUCAAUCACCAAACAUUCCAACAACGGAAGAAAAAAUCAUGUCCCAAGUAAAUUCGAAAUUUAUACUGAAUAUACUGAACAUUAUCAAUCGACAUAACCUAAAUUCCAUUAACAUUUGCAAGCUUCGUAUAUAAGAUGGCGACCAUAUUGGAGUCCACAUAUUCCGUUGCUCGAAUGGUUAUUUCGUCCAAUUUUCUCAUACUACCUUGUAUAUAACGCCGUAUCAAGGUUCAGAGCGUCAGAUGUGAAUCUCUUCCCGGUUAUUUUCGCGAUCCCACACUGAUAUUGGCAAUUUUGGACUGUCGAAUCCCCGGUGACAGGGAACUCGCAUUAAUUUCGCCCCGUACGGACAUUUGGCACCGGCACAAGUGAUUUCGCCGAGCAACUAUCCUUGCUCUUAGACAAUAUUUCCCGCGGAAGCGCGCGGCGAGGAAAGACUGCGACCUAAUACGCUCCUAUUGGAACCGCAACGUGCUCAGUGCUCGUGUUUUGUGGUUAUACGAUACUGUGGAAGCAUUUAUUCCGUCACCAGCAAACAAAGACGAACGACACUUUGUCCCAGCAGCGGAUAAUGAAUGGGAACAAUGCACGCUUACCGUCGUCCCUCAAACGAUCCUGCGAAUUUUCUUCAUCGAGACGUGAGUAACGCCCGAUAUAUAACUUAAAUGUCGUAUUACAUCUUUUUAGAGGAAUUAGUAUUAGUAAACAAAGGCAAAUUGGAUUGUCGUCUGUUUGAUAAUAAAGAAAUAAAACUACUUAACCGUUAACAUCUGCCGGCAGUUAUUUAUUGAUCCUUUAACACGUUCAGUGCCGCACGAUUUUGCCGAGACAAAUAUAGAAAGUGAAAAUAAUAUAAUAUCGAAUUAUGUAGUUGAAUUACGUUGUUAUUAUUGCAGAUUUGAAUUUUUGAAUAUCAGUGCGUUAAGUGGUACUACUUAUAAUAUAGAAAAGUUUUCAGAUAAUCAUCGUUUAAUCGAAUGAAAUAUAGUAAUUAUAAUUGGCAUCCAACGUGUGAGAGAUCAAUAAUUAACAACUGAGAAUUUUUUAAGAAAAUUCGCAAUGGCAAUAGUAAUUAUCAUUGUAAAUCGAUCAACCAUCUCGUUUAACAUAGAAGAAUGAUUUUUUUAAGGUUAUUAUGUACAAGAAAACGAUCAAACUUAUUUUUUAUUGUAAAGUCUAUUAUUAGGCUUUCGGUAAAGUGUUAAUAUAAUAAUAAAAGUUGAAAAAGAAUUUUGUAAUCUGUCUUUGGCAAAUGAC